AUGGUCGCCGUCUAUUCCAUCUCACAGCAUUCCCUACAUUCCCACUCACGAGCAAGCUCGUACACACUGACACGUGAAAUGCAGUCGUCCACGGGCCUGGGUCUCUCCGCUCUACUUCUCCUCUUCCUCCUCCUCCUCUCGACUCACACACGCUCAGCCGUUGUCUCUGGCGCGGCGAAGUCACAGAGCCUGGAGUCAGGAGAGCUGGGGUGGCACGAUGGUGACCCAGUUGUCGCAGUGGCGUCGGUGUCAGGCAGUGGCCAAUCUGAGCAUCAUGAUGGCCUCCAACCCGCCGUGCGAAAAAGUCACAGAUAUCGGGAUCAGAGAAAUCGACGUGGAAGGCAUCGUCCGAGCGAUAGUUUGGGUUUACGUUUAGAUUAUUCCGUGUGA